AAGCUUUUACUAUAAAACUCCAACAUACAAAUUCAAGAAAGAAUAACUUCGACUCACCGAAAAAUGGCAUCCGACAGAUCUGAAUCGACCGGAGAUUCCAAUGGCGAUCGCCGGAAAGUAGCUCUGAUCACCGGCAUUACUGGCCAAGACGGGUCGUAUCUGACUGAAUUCCUUCUCGACAAGGGCUAUGAAGUUCAUGGACUGAUUCGUAGAUCCUCCAAUUUCAACACCCAACGAGUUAAUCACAUCUACAUCGAUCCUCACAAUGUCCAUAAGGCACGCAUGAAGCUUCACUAUGCCGAUCUUACCGAUGCCUCUUCUCUCCGCCGCUGGAUUGAUACAAUUCAACCUGAUGAGGUUUACAACCUCGCCGCACAGUCUCAUGUUGCCGUCUCCUUUGAGAUCCCUGAUUACACCGCCGACGUUGUCGCCACCGGUGCUCUUCGUCUUCUGGAGGCUGUCCGUUCUCACAUUUCUGCUACUGGAAGAUCAAAUAUCCGUUACUACCAAGCUGGUUCAUCUGAGAUGUUCGGAUCCACACCACCACCGCAAUCUGAAUCUACACCCUUCCACCCUAGAUCCCCUUACGCUGUAUCCAAGUGUGCCGCGCAUUGGUACACCGUUAAUUACCGUGAAGCGUACGGGAUCUUCGCUUGUAAUGGGAUCUUGUUCAAUCAUGAAUCUCCCAGGCGGGGUGAGAACUUUGUCACUAGGAAGAUCACUCGGGCUGUGGGUCGGAUCAAGAUUGGGCUACAGAGCAAGCUGUUUUUAGGGAAUCUGCAGGCAUCCAGGGAUUGGGGUUUUGCUGGGGACUAUGUAGAAGCAAUGUGGAUGAUGCUGCAGCAAGAGAAGCCGGAUGACUAUGUGGUAGCAACCGAGGAGUCCCACACGGUAGAGGAGUUCUUGGAAGAGGCAUUUGGUUAUGUAGGAUUGAAAUGGUCGGAUCAUGUGGUGAUUGAUAAGAGGUACUUUAGGCCUACAGAAGUUGAUAAUCUUAAGGGAGAUUCGAGCAAGGCUAGGAAAGUUUUGGGAUGGAAGCCCAAAGUUGGAUUCAAACAACUGGUGAAGAUGAUGGUGGACGAGGAUGUCGAAUUGGCUAAAAGGGAGAAGGUUCUUGUUGAUGCUGGUUACAUGGAUGCUCAACAACAGCCUUGAAGCUCUCUGUAAUGCCACUUACAUUUGCUAGUUACUUUGCUCUAGUUGAAAAUUGUAUUGAAGAUAGGCACCAUGCUAUUUUCUAUUGUUAUUGUUGUUCAUGACUUCGUUUUAAAUACAAACAUAAAUGAGUCGUCUUAUUGGAUCAAACUCAAUUGUUAAGUUUUGAGGAAUCAUAUUCUAAUUAUUUGAGUUUUGCUGCUUCAAUGUUGGAAA